AUGUCAAAGAAACCUAAAGUUCAAUUUAUUCAAAACGAAGAACCGUCAUUUAUAAAAGAAUUUAAACAACGUGCCGGUAUUCCGACAGCUGCAACUAUUGACUCGAAACGUACAGAAUUAAGUAUUGAUGAUAAUGAUGAAGAUGAUCGGCCAGAUGAGCAGCCACAAAUAGUUUUUGAUCCAUGUUCUGAUGUUCAUGAAUUAGAAGCAAGAGCAUUUAUUAAACAAUGGCAGUAUGAACAUAAACUUGGUCAUAUAGAAGAAACUAAUGUGAAAAAUGAAGAACCAGGCGUACCAAGUCGAAUAAUGUUUCGAUCUGCUGAAGAACGUUGUUCCGAUGGUAAAAUCCCAGUAAAGAGGACAGAUAGUGAGAUUCAUUCAAAUAAUCGACCACUACCACCUCAACAACAAAAACGGACUAUCCGAGAUCGUUCACCCAUUGAUUCUAAACGUAAAGACACGAAAUGUUCAUUGUUGUCAUUUGAUCUGGACGAAGAUGAAGGAUAG